AUGGAUAAUUCGAAAGUGUUAGGUAAUUAUGGACGUGGUAAUUCAGCAAAAGAUAUCUUACAAAAUUCAACGAAUGCAUAUACAUCUCCACCAGCACCAUCAAUAAAUAUUAAUAAUAAUUUAAAUGUAGCAAGUGGACGUGCUGCACAAGUUUUACGUCAAAUAAAACAAUCAUCUUUAUCCAAUUCAUCAAAAGAUCUUUUAGAAAAUCAAUUAUUUAUUCGUUGUACAAUAACUCAAUGGUAUAAAUAUCUAGUUGAGUUUCAACCAAUAAUAACAAGUCGAACAACUCGUUUUAAAAUGAUUAAUCAUCUAUCAAAAUGUCUUGGUGAUUUACAUAAAUUAUAUGAUGGUCAAUUUAUUUAUGUUUCACGUCAAUUAUUAAAAGAAACUUUUGUCUUUAAUAAUACAACAAUAAAUACACCCAAUGAAGUACGUAUACGUUAUAUUGAAACAAUUAAUAUUGAACAAAUACCAAUGGAUCUCAUUAAUGUUUUAUUUCGAUUAGCAAUUGAUCAAGGUCGAGAAUCGAUUAUGAAUUCAAUAAAUCGAAAUGGUGGACAUCGACAAAAAGUACGUCAUUGGAAUGGUAAAGUUGUAAAUAUUGAACAUAAAGAUGAUGGAAUAUUAUUAACAAUUGAUUUUGUACAAAAACCAUCAACAACAUGUUAUGAAGAAUUAGAACGUUUUUAUAUGUCAACAUGUGGUGAUGAUUAUCAAGAAUCUGCUAGAAAAGAAUUAAUUAAUAAACUUGUUCUAACACGAUAUGAUAAUCGAACACAACGUAUUGAUAAUAUUGAUUUUCAACUUACACCAGCUACAUUUACAUUUAAUGAUGAUUCACAAACAACAUUAAUUGAUUAUUAUUUACAUAAAUUUGAUAUCACUAUUAAAGAUCCUGAUCAACCAUUAAUUGUUUAUUGUCCACGACGACCAGGUGAAAAUACUACAAAUACAGAAGUUAAUUAUCUUGUUCCAGAAUUUUGUUAUUUAACUGGUUUAUCCGAUCGUGCACAUCGAGAUGCUCGAGCACGAAAGACACAUAAUUUUAUUCCAUUAGAUUCAACUGGACGUCAAGCUGAAAUAUCCUAUUUUAAUGAUAUGAUUCGACGAAAUAUGGCAACAAUUAAAUAUCUUGCUUUAUGGGGUAUUGAUAUUGUUCCAACCAAUUUUCCAAUACAUUCAUCCAUAGAUGAAUCAUAUCGAAAAAUUUUUCAUAACAGUACAGUUCUAGAAGAUGAUGAAGAAAAUGAACAAAAAGAUAUACAAGAUAAUGAUCAUUCUUAUGGACAUUUUACUAAUCCGAUUGAACUCAAUAAUUGGUUAUUAAUUUAUCCAAAAAUUGACGAAGAUCGAGCAUCAAUCUAUGUCAAUAUGCUUCGACAAGUAGGUCAACAACAAGGAAUGCUUAUUAGUGAGCCAAUUCAUAUACAACUCGUAUCAGUAAUUGUUAAAUCACGUCGAAUUGAUCGUUACAAUACAAUUAAACGUAUCUGUUGUAUUGAAAUACCAACUCCGAGCGAAAUUGUUUUAAGAAGUACAAUUGCUGAUGACGAUAUUCUACCAGGUGUUGCAUUAAAUAUUGCUCGAGAUAUUAAUUUUAAACUUGGUGGACAAAUUCGAACAACUAAUAUUAAUAUACCAAAUACAAUGAUAAUUGGUUUAGCUACAUGGACAUCGACACAUGUCAAUUAUAAAUUAUCAGAACAUCUUAAUUAUGUUUUGGCUAUUGUUGGUUCAUUAAAUUAUACUAUGACAGAAUAUUUUAGUCAUGCAAAGUCAUAUACAAAUGAAAAUGAUCUUCGAUCUGAUAUUGGAAUAUUUGUUCGAUUAGCCAUUGAUGCAUAUUAUGAAGAAAAUAAAAUUUAUCCAACAACAAUUAUUAUUGGACGAAAUGUUUUUUCAUCAUUUGAUGAUUUAAAUAUAAUUAAAGAAAAUGAAAUUCAAUCAAUUAUUGAUAUGAUUACACAUAAUAAUAUUAUAGAAGAUUAUCAACCACGAAUAAUUAUAUUUGCAUUUAUGAAACAAAUGAUUUAUGAUUUUUAUAAAUAUGUUCAGCCAAAGAAAAUUGCGAAUAUUGAUUGUUUAAUUGCAAAAGAUUCACCAAGUUAUUGUUUCUAUUUAUCAUCACAUCGUGAUCAUUGUUCAACAUUACAAGCUCGUCAAUUUCUUGUUCUAUUUGAUAAUACUGAUUUAUCAGCACAAAAAAUUCAAAGACUUAUACUUUAUUUAACAUUACAUAUUCCACAACGUAAUCAAUUUUUUUUGCCAUCAGUUUGUCGAUUUGCUCAACGUCUUUCAUCAUUAGUUGGUGAAACACUUGGUGCUUUACCAAAUUUUUCACAAUAUAAAAAUUUAUUCUAUCUUUAA